CUAAAGUAAAACAGAGUUCGAUUUGUUUAGGACUGUUUAGGUCCAUUUCUAACAUUAAACAGGAUUAUUGAAACAGACGUUUUCAGGGAAAGUCAAAGAAUUGGGGGAUUCUGGCCUUUGCUGCCUAGUAAUGUGUUUUUUUCUCAAUGCCAUUGCUGAAUUCAUUAGGGGAAAAAAAAGUAUUUUUUGCUUGUCAGCUGUGGGAAACCUAAAACAAUUUUUGCAAGGGCUGAUUCAUGAAUUCUUGCAUUUAAAGGGGAAAAAAAAAACAUCUGCCAAAGGGGGUGGAGGAGAGAGAGCAUGACCGAUACAUUUCACAACAAAUAUCUCUUCCCAGCCAAUUUCAAUGUACAGCAAAACCAGACCCCGCGUUAAGUUCCUCAGGAAAGGUCCCUUUUGGCUGGACCUCUUCCUCGAAGAGUCGUCCCUCAUUUGUAGUCAUUGCCACCUUGUGGAUUACAAAGGAUAUUGGUUUUCAUCAAACUUCCAUUUCCAUUUGGCUUUUUAUGGCAAGUGCACUUUGGCAGUGGGUUGCCGAGUUCCUCACCAAGAGGAUCCUGGUUUGUUCAGCAACACCUCACUUCUCCCAGUUCAUUUAUGAUUCUGAUGAGAGUGUUUUUUCAGGAAACACACAUUUCACUUUUUGACCUAGGAGCAUCUGUUAGAAUUUUUUUUUUAAUACUCCUUUGGCAUUCUGGAAGUGUUAAUGUCUUUCAUAUCUGUUUAAUGCUAUUUAGGGAUAUUUAUGAUCACCUCUUGGUUACUCAGGGUAAAGUGUGUCGCAAUUUUUUUUAAACAGACAGGAAAGCAUUCACAUGAGGAAACAGAUUGCUUUAAGCAUGUGCUUCCUGUGACAGUAAAAAGAACAAAUUAGAUUUAACACUGUGUAAUGAACGCAUAAAUGUGUACAUUGAAGCUUUUAAAAGCUUUAUGUUCAGUUCUGGUCACAAGCAAAAUUGAGUCACCUGGAAAACUUAAAGAUACCUCGUUUCCUCUCAGAUUCCUGCAGUGCCCAGGAAUCAAGUUCCUCACCUGUGGCUGCCUCACUGGAACCCUAAAAAAACCUGAUCCGUUAAGGCUGGAGAGAACGAGCAUGUUCCAGACACAUUCAGGGGUUAAACCAGGUUAAAGGCAGAUUCAGUGUAUUUAGCGAAGAGAGCAGAGUGUUUGGGGGAGAGAAAGGGAGGAUUUUAUUACCAUCUCCCUCCCUCUCUGAGAAUCAGUGGGGAAAAAAGUAUUCUUCUGAAUCCCACAUCGACCUCUUUGUUUUAUGAAAGAAAAAUAAGAAAAUCUGAUGUUUACUUAACUAGCCCCUACUAAGAUUUAAUUACGUAAGAAAAGGACUCCUUUCCUUACAUAAUUCAGUCUGCACUCCUGAAUGCUGGCUGGCAGGGAGCGCAGAGAAGCCGAGCUAAUAUUUCCAGUUAGACACAAGUGUUAAAUGGGAGGGCAGGAAUCCUCUCCCCAGAAGAGGCUCUCCUCGCCAUUUCUGCCUGAGCCCCGUGGAUGGUGCGUUCCCUUCCCCGGUGCUCUCGGAGCUGAGGAUUUGUGGCAGGCUCACCAUCUCUCUGGCCAAGGAAGGCCGGGACCGAGUCCCUCAGGGGAGGGCACAUAGUUUGGGGACAUCUGACUCUCUGCUAGCUCAUACUGAGGUACUAAUAUCAAAACAGACUGCUUGUCGCUGCGCGGUGGGGCAGUGCUUUUUUUGGCUGCCGCGGUUGAAAUGAAAUGGGCAAGCUGUAGCCCGCUUGGCAUCAGAAGGGGCGAAGGGAAGCUGGGAGAUCAGAGUCAGACUGUGAAUAAAAGUAACAACCAAUGGUUAACUUCCUUUUUGUGUGUCACUUGGCAGCGAUGCGACUGAUGGCGAUUUUUUUUUGUUUCUAACGUGGGUGAGAGUUCAGUGCCCUAGGAAGAGCCGUAGACGCCGCUAUUGUGCUUCCUCAUACAGUUGACUUGCGUUGAUUUCUUGAGGCCACUACCGCUGUUCCCAGAGCCAGCUCCAGGAGCUGUAUACAUGGCCCGUCGGACUUCGAAUGAUGAAAAAGGUUUAUGCUCCGUCAGCCAGCACUGCCGACUACAAUAGGGACUCGCCAGGCUACCCUUCCUCCAAACCAGCAGCCAGCACUUUCCCUAGCUCCUUCUUCAUGCAAGAUGGCCAUCACAGCAGUGACCCUUGGAGCUCCUCCAGUGGGAUGAAUCAGCCUGGCUAUGGAGGAAUGUUGGGCAAUUCUUCUCAUAUUCCACAGUCUAGCAGCUACUGCAGCCUGCAUCCACAUGAACGUUUGAGCUAUCCAUCACACUCCUCAGCAGACAUCAAUUCCAGUCUUCCUCCGAUGUCCACUUUCCACCGUAGUGGUACAAACCAUUACAGCACCUCGUCUUGUACACCUCCUGCCAACGGAACAGACAGUAUAAUGGCAAAUAGAGGAAGCGGAGCAGCAGGCAGCUCCCAGACUGGAGAUGCUCUGGGGAAAGCACUUGCUUCGAUCUAUUCUCCAGAUCACACUAACAACAGCUUUUCGUCAAACCCUUCAACUCCUGUUGGCUCUCCCCCGUCUCUGUCAGCAGGUACAGCUGUUUGGUCUAGAAAUGGAGGACAGGCUUCAUCAUCUCCUAAUUAUGAAGGACCCUUACACUCUUUGCAAAGCCGAAUUGAAGAUCGUUUAGAAAGACUGGACGAUGCUAUUCAUGUUCUCCGGAAUCAUGCCGUGGGCCCGUCCACAGCCAUGCCUGGUGGUCAUGGGGACAUGCACGGAAUCAUUGGACCGGCUCAUAAUGGAGCAAUGGGUGGUCUGGCCUCAGGGUAUGGAACCGGUCUUCUUUCUGCCAACAGACAUUCACUCAUGGUUGGGGCCCAUCGUGAAGAUGGCGUGGCCCUGAGGGGCAGCCAUUCUCUUGUCCCAAACCAGGUGCCAGUUCCACAGCUUCCUGUCCAGUCUGCAACGUCCCCUGAUUUGAACCCACCCCAGGACCCUUACAGAGGCAUGCCACCAGGAUUGCAGGGCCAGAGUGUCUCCUCCGGCAGCUCUGAGAUCAAAUCCGACGACGAGGGCGAUGAAAACCUGCAAGACACGAAAUCUUCCGAGGACAAGAAAUUAGAUGACGACAAGAAGGAUAUCAAAUCCAUUACUAGGUCAAGAUCUAGCAAUAACGAUGACGAAGACCUGACGCCGGAGCAAAAGGCGGAGCGGGAGAAGGAGAGGAGGAUGGCUAACAACGCCCGGGAGCGCCUGCGGGUCCGUGACAUCAACGAGGCGUUCAAGGAGCUGGGCCGCAUGGUGCAGCUGCACCUCAAGAGUGACAAGCCCCAGACCAAGCUUCUGAUCCUCCACCAGGCCGUGGCCGUCAUCCUCAGCCUGGAGCAGCAAGUCCGAGAAAGGAAUCUGAAUCCGAAAGCUGCAUGUCUGAAAAGAAGGGAAGAGGAGAAGGUGUCCUCGGAGCCGCCCCCGCUCUCCUUGGCAGGCCCUCACCCCGGCAUGGGAGACGCGUCCAAUCACAUGGGACAGAUGUAAAAGGGUCCAAGUUGCCACAUUGCUUCAUUAAUACAAGAGACCACUUCCUUAACAGCUGUAUUAUCUUAAACCCACAUAAACACUUGUCCUUAACCCCUUUUUUUGUAAUAUAAGACAAGUCUGAGUAGUUAUGAAUCGCAGACGCAAGAGGUUUCAGCAUUCCCAAUGAUCAAAAAACCGAAAAACAAAACAAAAAAAAAAAAAAGAAAGAAAACAAGUGCAACUUGGGGGAUGACUCUCUUUAACAUAUCAUUCAGAAUGUUCAAAGCAGUAUGUGCAGGCUGAGACGCAGCCCAGAGACUGAAUGGCAAUCUUUCCACACUGUGGAACAAUGCAUUUGUGCCUAAACUUCUUUUGGAAAAAAAAAAUAUAUAAUUAAUUUGUAAGUCUGAAAAAAAAAAUAUUUAAUUUAAAAAAAUUGUAAACUUGCAAUAAUGAAAAAGUGUACUUCUGAAGAAAACUACAUGACCAUUUUUGUUGGUAUUCAAGUCAGCUAGUGUUUAUAAUUACCGGAUAUCGAAUAAGGGAAGCUCGGCUGCCCUCGUAACAAAACCAGCAAACAUCCUGAUGACAGCGAAGUGAUGACAUUAGCCAUUCCUUAGGGUAGGAGGAACAGAUGGAUCUUAUAGACCUAUGACAAAUAUAUAUAUAAAUAUAUAUAUAAAUAUAUAUUAAAAAUUUAGUGACUAUGGUAAGCUUUUGUUCAUUUGUUUCAGACUUUUUUCUCCUGUAAAAAAAUAGUACUGAUUAACUUUUUUAAAAGAAAGAUUUUACUGUAAAUAUGGAUUUUUUUUUUUUUUUUUUUUUGGUCUUAUUUCUGUCCCUUUCCCCGGUUUGUUCUCAUAACCUGUAGUGCCAACUCUGCUUCCGGAGGGGUAGUGCAGGAUGAAAUGCUGACCCUGAUGUUGCUUUUCAUUCAUAAAUAAGUAGAAAGUUGUUUCUUCAGUCUUUUGGGAACACAGGACUUAAAAGUCACAUCAUGUGUAGAUAUUAACAAGCAGCAUUACCAAGACAUGGCAAAAAGAGUUUGUCUGAAUUGUAAUGUUGCGUUUGUGACCCUCUUCUGGGAUUUUCAGAGGUACAAGGUUAGAAUGCUACAAUGUUACCACUGUGCCUUCCAAUGUUUAUAUCAUCGGAAACAUAACAUAAUCAAAGUGGCUGUGAUUUAACAAAAUGAUUAAAGCGUUACCUACAUGUGUAGCCAGAAGUAGUGUGCAGUGAGGUGUUUCUGAAUACAUGGUCAGAUUUUUGGAAAAAAACAAAAACAAAAAAAACAAGUGAAGUUCAACGACCAUCCAAUGAGAAAAUUGCAAGUAGUGUGACAGAGCUGAUUGAUUUUGUUGCUUUCUUGAUUUUUUUUUCAAAAUGGGUUUACUAAGAUGCAGAUGACUUAACUGUCUCCUCCUUCGUCUGAAAAAAAAAAUGCCAAUAUUCAAUCAUCAUGCAGCGUUAUAACAAGCCUUAUAAGUCCUAAAGCAUUAAGUUGCACUUUCUUGAGGAGGGGUAGUGCAGUAUUUCUCUGGCCAGUAUGAAUGAAGUUUAUACUUAACGUAUUUGAUAGAAACAUAGAUCAAGCUAUGGCACAGCAACUCAUCAGAUAGCUAGCUUUGACGUCUGGGCACAAUUGAACCAACUUCCAUCGUGAAUCUUUCUAAUGAUUGACUUUGGUGUAUAGUGCAGUAAAGAAAUAGUGCUCCUAGUUAAGUAUUUGUCAGCAUCCUUUUGUCUCUAACUCAUUUCUGUUUUUACAGCCACACAAUCUUGGCAUGUAUUAAGAAAAAAAAAUCCCUUGUUCAAGUAGUUUUUCCACCUAUCAGCACUGAGUAAAUGCCAUAAACCCAUCGAAAUGGUCUAAAUGUUCCAUCUGUUCUCCUGUUUUGCCAGUUAUAUAGUAAUGAAAUACAUUUGUAAAUUUUAUGCAACAAAUGGCAAACGUAUCAUUAUUUUGAAAUUGUGUAUGUAAAAGUUAUAUUUUUACAUGUAGACUCUUGUUAUUAUGUGUUUUAAUACAUUGUAUCGGUUUUUGUUCCUUUUUUUUUUUAAACGGUGUGGUUUAAAAACCGUCUCAUUGAAAUGAAAUAGUGAGCUACAAGAAUCUGAAUUUUAUGUUCAUUUCUGAAAAUGUAAGAACAAAUAAGAUAGUUACCACGUGGUCAUCUUUUACAAACCCAUAAACAUUUUGAUUAGCUGUGUGCGUGUUGAAAACUGUAAAUAUGUUCAGUAGUGAUAAAACUAAAAUACUUUGUUUGAUUUGUUGAUAAGUUCCUAAAAUGUGGAGGUGGAUUAAAACCUUAGAAUAGCAGAAA